CAAGUAGUACGAGGAGAUCGCCAAUUCACCAUGUCCGGCUCCCCUGGCCGUCAGCACCCGCCAGGUCCUCCGUCCCGAUCCACGGCGAUCCAUGACGGCGCCGCUCGCUGCUCACCCGCCUGCAACAAAACUCUGAAGACAUACUCAGAACAGAAGCUCCUCCCUGUUGCAGAUACUGAACCAGAGGCUUCACCAGCUGGAAAAAAACGGCGCAACCUGCCAACAGUUGUCUUUGAGGAUCUCCCACAGGACAUUUUAGGCCAUAUACACUCCCUCUUGCUAGUGCAAGACGCUGCUCGUGCUGCCUGUGUGUCCAGUGGAUUUCUUCAUUCAUGGAGAAGCUACUCCAAGCUCAUACUCAACUGUCAUACACUUGGGUUGACUGACAUGAAAUUAGAGGAAAGAGAAACAUAUUUCAUUGACAAAGUUAACCAAAUUCUUGAAAACCAUCACAACAAUGGGGUUCAGGUGGAGACACUUGAACUUGACUAUGCCCCUUGCAGGAACUAUAUCAAGGCCUCUUGCCUAGACAGGUGGCUCCAAAUCACAGUUAAGUCAGGGAUUAAAGAACUUAACUUGGCUGCACCCCCGUCACUCGAAAACUAUAGUUUCCCUUAUUCGGUUUUGUCGGAUGAGGCAGCUGCAAGUUCAAUCCAAUAUCUUUGCCUCUUCCGUAGCGAUUUUCAUCCAAUGUCAACACUUGGCCUCCUGAGAAGAUUGACAAGUUUAAAUUUGACUCUUGUCCAUACUACCGAGGAAGGAUUAGGGCACUUGCUCUCACAAUCAUGUGCCCUAGAGCGGAUUGACCUCUACCAUUGUAGUGGGAUAGUUUGCUUGUGAAUACCUUAUACAAUGCAAAAACUCAAUU